GCUAGCAGGGAGUAGGUGUUUCCCUGUGCAGGGUGACUGCUUUGAGUCUAUAUAGAAGGGGAGAGGCUCUGACAGUCUCUCAGACUCUGGAGCCUGCUUGCCCACACGCAGGGAUACUUGUUUCUGGCUCGGACGCCGUCUUCCAACUCGGAUUUUACACUCCCCCUCGAACCCAGACACCAUGUCGGAGGACAAGAAAAAGCAGAGGAAAGGCAAAAAGGGCCAGAGAAAAAGAGGAAAGAAAGAGGAGAUUGAUCCGACCAAAGCUGCCGUUCCCAAGUUGAGGCGGAUGAGGAACCCUCUGACGGUGAACGAGGGCAGCCGGCUGACGGUGAAGUGCGAGGCGACGGGGAACCCGGGCCCCACGUACCGGUGGUUCAAAGAUGGCAACGAGCUGAAGAAGAGCAGAGAGAUCCGCAUCAAGAACAGCCAGAAGAACUCCAAGGUUCAGAUCAGCAGCGCCAGGCUGGAGGAUUCUGGGAAUUACACGUGUGUGGCGGAGAAUCCUCUGGGGAAGGACAACUCCACGAGCGCUGUUCAUGUCCAAAGUAUAACCACCACUCUCUCUCCGGGCUCGGGCCACGCCAGGAGAUGCAACGAGACGGAGAAGUCUUACUGCGUGAACGGCGGCGACUGUUACUUCAUAAACGGUAUCAAUCAACUCUCGUGCAAGUGUCCAAAUGACUUUACUGGUGAUCGCUGUCAAACCUACGUUAUGGCCAGUUUCUACCAGCAUCUUGGGAUUGAAUUUAUGGAGGCGGAGGCACUGUACCAGAAGAGAGUGCUGACAAUCACGGGGAUCUGUGUGGCGUUGUUGGUCGUAGGCAUUGUGUGUGUGGUGGCCUACUGUAAAACCAAGAAACAGAGGAGGAAGAUGCACAACCACCUGCGGCAGAACAUGUGUGCAGAUCACCCUAAUCGGAACCUCGCGAAUGGACCUAAUCACCCCGGCCCUGGGCCGGAGGACAUCCCUAUGGUCGACUACAUCUCGAAGAACGUCCCUGCGACGGAGCGAGUCAUUCGACACGGAACGGAGGCCUCCUUCCCAGGCAGCCAAGCGUCUUCCAGAUCCCACAAUUCCUCCACCCGGGCCCACUCAUCCACCCACAGACACGAGGAGCGGACGUGGAGCCUGGAGCGGACGGACAGCGUCCUGUCGGACUCCCCCUCGGGCAUGAUGUCGUCCUCCGUGGGGACCAGCAAAUGCAACAGUCCUGCGUGCAUGGAGGCCCGGGCCAAGCGUGCACCACACUGUGGCUUUGCUGAGUCCCAGCGGCCGGGCCUGCCCUACGGAGACUCCUUCGACUCGCUGGGGGACUCUCCGCACAGCGACAGGUACGUGUCGGCCUUGACCACCCCGGCGCGCCUCUCCCCGGUGGAGUUCCAUUACUCCCUGCCCCCACAGGUGCCUACCUUCCAGAUCACCUCCCCCAACGCCAUCCAUGCCAUGACCCUCCCGCCGGCCGCCCGCGCCCCCUACCCCCCCCCGCCGGAGGACGACCAGCCCCUGCUGCGCCGCUACCAGGUGCCCCUGCACGACGCCCAGCGCCACGAGCCCUACCUGCAGCGGCGCACCCACCCCAACGACAGCCUGCCUUCCAGCCCUUACCGGCUCGCCCAGGACGAGGACUACGAGACCACGCAGGAGUACCUCUCCUCCCUGGAGCAACCAAAGAGAAGCAGGCCGGACAGGGCCGAGGGCGGCGGCGGCGGCGGGGGCGCCCGGCGCCCGAGGAGGUCCCGGUUGAACGGCCACGUGGCGCCGCGCGGCUACGAGGCGUCGCGAGACUACGGAUCCCGAAGCUGCCUGACGGACAGCGAGUCGGAGGGGGAGGAGGGGGAGACCACGCCCUUUCUCAGUAUGCAGAACAUGCACCCGGAGCCGUCCGCCAUCUACAGGCCGGCGGACAGUCGGACUUUUCACCCCGCCGGUCGGCACGGAGGGCGCGGGAACGCACAGAGCAGACAGACGCACUCGCGCUCCAAACCAGACAAUGCCCACCACUAGAGAGAGAGAGAACGCGAUGUUACCAACGCAGAUCUAUAUACCAUAGACCUGCACCUAUAAGAAAUAUUUUUAUUUUAUAUAACUGACAGAUAUUCUAAACAAAUGAAAUAUUUAUUUUCAUUUUAGCAAAAGUUGUCUACUAGUUAACAGCAGAGACUUUUUUAUAGGGAAAACUCUAUUUAUAUGUACAUUUUGAUUUACAGCAUAAAAAAGACGUGCCAAUUUUUUCACAACUUAAAAAAAAUAGAGUAAUAUUGUGGUGCCUUUUGCUGUAUGCCGAUGACCGAGGUUCAAUGGAGGUUUUUUGUAGCCUUUCUUAUAUCGACGCCUCAUUUUUUUAUACACGUUUGCUCUUGAGUUUUUCCUUGUCUUUCGGCCCUUUUUUCUUUCCAGGUUUCGUUCUUCGGGGAGUCUAGCCCUGUUGGAACAUCACUUCUCCUUCCACAUCAUGCAAUACAAACCACUUAAACAUAAGGUGUAUGUUUACAUGAAUAUGAUUCGCCUAUAGAACUUAUCAUUUGACCUUUUCGCCGGUAGGAAAAAUCGGAGAAAUGCAGCAACGCAGAUCCUUUUUUCGCCUCUCUGAGUGCGGGGGGGGGACG